GCGUGUCUAUUCCGAUUAAACAUUUGCCGUGAGUGUGCUCGUGUGCAUGUUCUGAUCAAUUAUUCACAGUGGACUCAUUGUCAGCGCAACGUUUGAUCAAACACUUGGUCCAAGUGCAUGUGCACUCGGUGGCCACUUUAUUAGGUACAUAUGAUCCUUAAUACAAAUAUCCAAUGAACUAAUAACCUGGUGGAAACAUGAAGACGUAGUCAAGACGUUCAGUUGUUGUAACCAAACAUCAACAUUAGCAAGGGCAAAUAAAAAUAAGGCAGGGCAAGCGGAGCCACAAUUGUGCGAGUGGACCAGAGUUAGAGUGGGGACGAUUUGGCUUAUCAGGGAUCGGCGAGAACAUGUUUAGGCGAGGUUCUAUUUUAUCGCCGAACGCAGGAGAGGAGCCUCGUGAACUUCUACCGAGGCACGUCUGUCGGAUUUUCCUUGCUGCUUGGAGCAGAUUUCUGGAGAUGACCUCAGCCACGGUGAUUUUCAUUUCCCUUUUUGUAUUGACGGAAGCGAAUCAGGAUUUAGACGGCGCCAUGCGACUGAAACUGACGAACGGAACGACUCGAUGCUCCGGACGGGUAGAGAUCUGGCACAACGGUACCUGGGGCACGGUCUGCAAGAAGGGCUGGGGCCCAAAGGAAGAGGAGGUGGUCUGCCGUCAUCUCGGAUGCGGGUUCGGCGGAGGGAGGGUGCAACACAGUUUCACUGCCCUUUCCACCUCGAGCACUCAAGUCUGGCACGUUGACUGCAGUGGAACAGAGUCCUCACUUUGGCAUUGCGACCUGAAGCUAGAUUGCGGUUUUCAGAGAGACGCAGAACUAGCCUGUGACGAUCAACCGACGAGACCAUCGAUAUUAAUCGUGGGCUCCAGACACACUUUCUUGGAAGGAGAAGAAAUAACCAUCUCGUGUUCAGCCCAACCCUUUUACAGGGGGAGCAUUUUCUACUUAAACAACCGUUACGACCCCUCUUCUGAAAUAUCAUUGGCGGCUUCCGCUUAUGAAUUCACCGUUUCCUUCCUGAUCGCCAACGCGACUGCGAAGCAGAGUGGGGAUUAUUUGUGCCGUUAUCAGACCCAUCGAGACGGAGUGUGGGUCGACUCAGCUAGUUCCUCUGUGACGAUUACGGUGCAAGACCAGCCCUCGAAGCCGACACUUGAAGUCUCACCUACCGACAGUUAUCAUGAUCUGUACAGAAAGUUAACAUGUUCCGCUUCCAGCAAAUACGUGCUAAAUAUCAUUUCCCUGCAUAAGGAGGGACGGAAGAAUCGAGUCGGCGUUUUGAGGAUCAAUGCUGGGCGACCUUCUGCAACUUUCCAUAUUCCCAAUACUGACAAACGAAACAGCGGCAACUACACGUGCCGAUAUAAAGUGCAGACAUUUGGGAGAACAUACAACUCAGCGGAAAGCAACUCAGUGCAGCUAGAAAUAGAUGAUGCCAAACUGACGCUGGUGAAUGGACCGGACAACUGCUCGGGGAGGGUAGAGAUUCACCAUCGAGGCGAAAGGGGGCGCUUCGGAAACGACGGCUGGGACCUGAAAGAUGCCGAUGUACUUUGCCGCCAGGUAGGCUGCGGGUUUGGGGAAUCCCUGCCCAGAUUUCGACCGGGAACUGGAGUCAUCUGGUACACUUGGGCUGACUGCCAGGGUAACGAAAAAUCGCUUUGGGAUUGCAACCUGCAACGGUACCUCCCUACCAGAUACAGGAACAAAGAGCAAGAUGCCUCGGCCAAAUGUUCCGCUAACCCGUUAAAACCAACGAUAUUAUUAUCAAGAUCGCCUUCGGUUUUUGUCGAAGGGGAAAGCAUUAGCAUAGAUUGCGUGGCUCCGCGCUAUUACUACGAGCUGACCUUUUACUUGGGUAAGGUCGGAGGCGAUGUGCUGGUAGCAACCGCGGCGGCUGUCACUGGUUCUUUCACCUUUAUCAAUGCAACGUCGACCAUCGGAGGAUCCUAUAACUGCUGGUAUCAGUUGGAAAGAGGUGGAAAAUUUUACAACUCAUCAGUGAGCGAACCUGUCAAUCUUACAGUCGGAGAUUCUCUAGCGAAACCGAUUAUCACGCAGGACAUACCCCAACAAAACUUCCUUGCAGGAGCGUCGACCAUUCUCAAGUGCAUCGCUCCUUAUUUGACCUUUACAACUGGGUUCUUCAUUUACCGCAAGGGGGAGGAAAAAGCGCUGUAUACCCGCACGAAAACAGCAGGGAUGUCAAUGUCGUUCCUGGCACCCGUGGGAACGAAGGUGGGCAGGUUUUAUUACACCUGUGCCUACCAGGUUCGCGUCUCGGGGCGUUUCUUCAACUCGACUCCCAGCGACGCUCUGGAGAUAAUCGUCACAGAUCAGUUAUCACCGCCUCGACUGGAGAUCAUGCAGUCAGCUGGUACGUUUAAGGUAAAUAUCAGUAUCUCAUGCUUGGCCACAAAUGACUUCGCUGGGGGAGUGUUCUACCUGUACAAAGAAGGCCGUGAAUGGGCUAUUGAUUCGCGGCAGGACAAGAAAAGAUCGAACAGGGUCAGCUUUAGCGUCUCCAAAGCGAAUAAAACCAACGAGGGAUAUUACACGUGCCAGCAGCAAGUUGGCGUGGACGGACGCCUGUACAGCUCGCCCCGCAGCAAGAAGCUGAAGCUAAAUAUAACAGACGAAAUUGAAUUAAGGCUCAUCGACGGGGAGAACCGAUGCUCAGGAAGGGUGGAAGUGUUUCAUAACGGCAAAUGGUGGAGGAUCUGCGCCCCCGCCUGGAGAGCGAAAGAAAUGAACGUGGUUUGCAGACAUACAGGAUGCGGAUUUGUGGCAUCGGGACAAACCAACUUGGACUACGGCCGAGGGACCGGGCAGGUCUUGCCAAAUGAAAUCUUCUGUAGCGGUCAAGAGGCCACCCUCUGGCAAUGCUUUAUGAGAUCCACCGACCGCUUCGGCAGCUGCAACCGUCAAAGAGUAGCUGUUGCCAAUUGUUCAGGUAGACCAGAGAAGCCAGUUAUCCUGUUGGACAGAUCGUCCGGCCAUUUCAUGAGAGGGGAAAACAUCAAAAUCCACUGCCGAGCUGCCAGUUACUUCCCCGGGAACACAUUCUAUUUGUUCAAGCUUGGCGAAGAAGUCGAGAUAGCGAAGAAGACGGCUACCAAACAUUUUUCUCAUGUUGGGUUCAGCAUUGUUAACGCAAGUGUUGAAGUCACAGGAUCUUAUGUCUGUGCCUACCAAGUAGAGCGAUUUGGGACCAUGUACACAUCAGCAAGGAGUCUUAGCAUUGAGGUCAUUGUAACAGGUAAAUACCCCGAACCUACGAUCACAGUGAAUCCACAACGUGACAGUUUUUUCGUGGGAGACAGAGUGCAGGUCGAGUGUGUCGUCCCAAGAAACAUCCCCACAACACAAGUUUACAUUCAAAUGCGCCACGACCACAUUGCAGAAAUAAUCCGAUCCAGGUUCUCAGUCAGCGGUGCGUCAGCGACCCUGGAGAAUCUGACCGUGGGCGCUCGUCUCAACUUCACCUGUAUGUACCAGGGUCGAAUGAGAAGACGAAUUGUCAAUUCGACUUGGAGUGACGCACUGCAGUUAACCAUUACAGAUAGACCGCCCAAGCCACGAUUAGCCGUCGACCGUCAGGACCCCUCAACGCUUCAGAAGCAGAUUCAAGUAACAUGCAGGAGAACGGGAGGCUACAGAGGAAUAACCUUUCAUUUGUACAAGGAUGGCUCGGCAGAACCAAUUGCAUUUCAGGAUGUUCGGCAAACACGUACUUCCGCCAGGUUCGACAUCGACAAUCUGAAUGAAACGAACAGUGGGAACUACACAUGCGGCUACGAAAUUGAAUGGAUGGGUAACAGAUACAACUCAGAACGGAGCGAUCCCAUUGGAAUAAAAACACAGGGCACCCGGCUGCGAUUAAGCAAGGGUAACGGCUCGUGCAGUGGAGUAGUUGAAGUGUAUUACAAUCAGGCCUGGAGCCCAAUGUGUGCCGAGAGCUGGAGUGCAGCAAAUGCGGAAGUUACCUGCAAGCAGCUGAACUGCGGUUUCUCUCAUCAUCCAAGAGACGCAUGGAGAGGGAAGAAAAUAAAAAAGUUACCAAUUCUGACUGGAGUUAACUGUCAGGGCAGUGAAAGGUCUCUGUGGCAGUACUCCCACCCUUCAGAAGUAUCUCGUAUCCGAUGCUCGCCUUGGCAAUAUGCCGCCGUCACCUGCAAAAUGAAACCACAACAGCCUACUAUUGACCUACGAAGGCGUUUUGCAACAUUUAUUGAAAGGCAGAAUAUAAGCAUUGAAUGCACAGCUAGGAAUUACUACGCCGGAAGCCGGUUCUACUUGGGAAAGGUUGGCAAACCAUUUUCCUUAUCAUCUUGGCCCACUCGAAGAACUGAGCAUAGCGCAACUUUCACCAUUCUUAACGCAAGUCUAUCAGAUGCAGGGGCGUACACGUGUCUCUAUGAGGUCCAGCGAGAUGGGAGUAUGUGGAACUCGACGGACAGUCAGAGUUUAUACGUUCACAUCACUGUUCGACCGCCACCACCUAUCCUGUCACUCCACGGGAAGAACAUUCCGUAUCUGAUUGGCAGCGAUAUUGUACUGGAUUGCUUCACUCCGUUUAGCUGGUUUGCUAGUGAAAUUGGCUUGUACUCUGUUGUCGGAGACAGUUACCAUGCGGUGGAAAACUUCACUGAGUCCGACAGCCACGCCACGUUUACACUCUCCAACCAGACUACAGUCGGAAGAAGCAACUACAGUUGCCGUUACAGCUACCAGCUCCAAGAUCGCCUCAUCCACUCGAAGUACAGUAGUACUUUGACCAUCGCCAUAAUAGAUCAGCUACCAAAGCCACGCUGUGAUCUGACGGAGGAGAUGUCAUAUCGUCCUAUGCCGACCGCUGCCAAAUGUUCAGUUCCUAUUUCGUACCUGGGAGGCGAGUUCUCUUUAUAUAAGGUCGGGGAAGAGAACUAUACUCAGACUUGGAAGCUGCUCGGACACGACCGUUCGACCUCCGCCAUUUUCCAGGUGGAGAAGGGGGUAAACUACACCUGCCAGUAUUUGGUGACAAGGCCUGGGCGAAUUUUCAAGUCACCACACAGUGAACCACUCUGGGUACCUGCUGAUGAAUGAAGCGUUGAUCAUAUCCUUUCGGACCAGGUCGUUGACCCUUUUCCUGGAACUUGCGUGACCACUAACACAUGCCAGAAAAAGCUCCACCCACGAAAUCCUUGGCGUAGCGCGACUCACCGAGUUUUGCCAUCUGUCAAGACAACUGAACUUCUGACGUCUGUAAUCUGAAGAAAAGAAUGACCUGGAAAUAUAUCAAAACACGUAUUACAAUUUGAAAUAAUUAAAACAAUCGUAGUAAUCACUACUAUUUGAUAGAGUGUUUUUAACCUGACUUAUCAUCGUCGUUGCAGUUACAGCCUGAUUGAACUGAAUUGGCUUGUGGAUAGUGGGGCAAUUCUCAAACCAAAUACUCUCAUAGUCGCGUAGUGAAUCGAUAGCUGCCUGAUAACUUCAGCAACCAGUCCCGACUCCUGGUGCUGCAGGUACGGAUUCUUGGUAUAAAUGCCCGGUGGAAUCACACAUAGAUAUAGCCUGUUUUUCUGCAUUAGGCGUUUCAUUGAGCUCACGAGCUGUGACAUCAUGUUGCAGCUGCAGGGGGUAUUGGUGAGACAACAUCAGCAGUGGUGGGUGAUGAUAUGUUUGCCGCCUUGCAGGAAGAACGUGAUUAAGCUUGGAAGGGUGAAUUAAAGAUUCACGUACGCGUUACUGCGACUGGAGGAUUGACUUAUGAGGAGACUGGAAAGGUUGGGGCUUCCUCUCUGGAGCGAAAGAGGGUGUGGGACGACCUUAUGGAGAUUUUUAAAAUCAUGAGUAUCAUAAAUAACGUGGACCUAUCUAAGAUGGCUCGGCAGCGUCAAUUCUGACUGUGUGAAGGAGGUUGAGGCUUAUAGAAUCAUGAAGGGCAUGGAAAAGGUGUAUUGUCACAAUCAUUUACCCAUGGUGAGGGACACUCUGUUACGCAGAGGGUUGAAAGAUUAAAGAACACAAAGGGAAGUUUUUUCCCCCACACAGAGGGAGUUGUGUAUCGGCAGAUGGCCGGCAGAGUAAGUGAUAGAAGUGAACAAAGAAGAUGGAAGACGUGACGGGGGGAUGUUGUCUACCGGGUAGAAUUGGUUCGUUUUAAGGACAUUUGCAGUUGCUCAUGUUUCGAGAAGGAUAUGGAUAAAAUGCUAACGAAUGGGAAGAUGCUACCAAGUUAGGAAGGCAAUUGAUCUGCAAGGACAUGUGACAGGCUGCUGCCUGUUUCCGACCUGUGUGUGGUUUUGAACGUUUUCCGUUUUACUGCGUAGACUUCACAUGGCUACGGCGGUUUUACCCCAAUCCCAAAGACGACAGUGUUGUGUGAGGGCAAGGUGCAGACUCCGGGGACUCGCGCGGUUGACUGAAAUCCGGAGGAAUAAAAUUAUGUAGCGUAUAUGAGAGACUCGAUUUGAAUCCAAUCGACUGAUAAUUAGCACAGGUGCAUUUGGAUGAAGGAUUUGUUUCUGUACUGUAUGAACCCAUGAAAUUCAUUGCUACAGGGACUUAGUGGGUAUAGAUAAGGCGGACGUUGACAGGCUUUUAAUUGGGGGCGGUAACGGUUAUAAGGAGAAGGGAGGGGAAUGAGGUUGAAAAAGAAAAUACGGUAGCCAUUCUGGAAUGAUUCAGUAAACUCGAUUUGCCGAUUUCUGCUCUUGUGUUUUAUGGUCUUAUGAAGUUUCGGAGAAAGAAUAUUGAAAAAAAUUACUGCUGCAUGAAGUGUCGACGAGAGCAGUGGAAUAGACCUAUCAUUGGAAUUUUUUCAUAAAUGUGCACACAUGACCUGAACGUGCCUUGUACAAUUCAUGAAGGCACACGGAGUUAUUCGCGUGUAUUUUGACUUCUCCGUCAGCGACUCCCUCUUAGCGUCAAUCCAUAAGACAUUGGAACAGAAUUAGGGCAUUCAGCCUGUCGAGUCAGGUCUGGCGCUCAUUACCGGCUUAUUUAUUACCCUUCUCAAUCCGAUUCCCCUCCCGACUCUCCCUGCUAUCAAGUUUCCGCAAUUGCCUGGGCUUCUGCCAAUAGUUCUGCUGUGUAGGACUGACCGUAUGCAAAAUAUUGAAGUAGUUGCCGGCUUCUUGCUGAGUAGCACUGGAAGUCUCCCAAGUAUUACUGUACUGCCUUUUCCGUGCGGUAUCUCAAUAAGUAAGUAAAUGCAUAAGCAUGUAAGCAAAUAAAUAAAAAAUAAGACCAAUUACUACAUACAGGUUGGAUAAUAUAUUGGCUUUUUAAACGCGACUUCCGUCUUUCCGCCUGUCUCUUACAACGCCUCCUAUCUCUCACCGCUCUGUCUACAAUCCCUUUGAUCUCGUCCCCAUUCACUCUAUUCCUUUUGUCCCUUUUCUCUCCUACACCCUCACCUUGUCACAUGGCUCUGCACCAUCUCCAGGCUCUCUUUCCUGUCACCCCUUCUCCCUGCCCCGUUCCCGGCCUUUCUGCCCCCUGUUACUCGUCCAUUUUUCACAUUUCCGCUACCCGUUCUUCCUUCUUCGCUUUUUCUCGCACUUGUCCCUGCUCAUACUCAUAAGUGCUCGGUGUCAGCCCCCACCCAUUCGCACACCCCAAUUCAAUAAGCUCUCUCCCGAUUUAACCUCUUACCUACCAGAAGAAUAAUUUGCACCGAAUAGUUAAACCAUCAACCCGCACGCCUUUGGGGUGUGGCAGAAAACUGGAAUACUCACGGGGACGAUUGGACACGGGAGAUGAAAUAAACCAUUCAGCACAUCGAGUCUGCUCCGCAAUGCGAUACUUUAUAUUUCUCUCAACCCUAUUGUCCAGUCUUAUCCCUAGAACCUUUAAGCCUUGACUAGAUAACAAGAUAAACUCCUAUGGCAUUACUGGAAAGAUGCUGGCAUGGAGAACGGAAUGGGUGACAGACAGGAAGCAGAGAAUAAAAGGGACCUUUUCUGGUUGUCUGCCUUUUCUGGUGGUGCUCCUCAGGGGUCAGUAUUGGGACCGCUGCUAUUCACAUUGUUUGUCAAUGAUCACUUUACACUGCACACUGUCGGAGCAGUGCUGCCAGGAUAAUCAAGGACACGACCCACCAAGCCAACACACUUUUCGUCCCUCUUCCCUCCCGGAGAAGGCUCAGGAGCUUGAAGACUCGUACUGCCAGAUUUGGGAACAGCUUCUUUCCAACUGUGAUAAGACUGCUGAACAGAUCCUGACCCGGAUCUGGUCUGUACCCUCCAAAUAUCCGGACCUGCCUCUCGGUUUCUUUCGCACUACCUUACUUUCCAUUUUUCUAUUUUCUAUUUAUGAUUUAUAAUUAAAAAUUUUAAUAUUUACUAUCGAUUUGUACUCCAGGGAGCGAGAAGCGCAGAAUCAAAUAUCGCUGUGAUGAUCGUACGCUCUAAAACCAAUUGUUUGGCGACAAUAAAGUAAAGAAAGUAAAGUAAAGCAAAGAUAAUGGAAUAGAUAGCUUUGCGGCAAAGUCUGCGGAUGAUAGGAAGACAGGUGGAGGGGUAAGUAGUGCUCAGGAAGCAAUACGAUUGCUUCAGGAUUUAGACAAAUUGGAAGAAAGGGAAAAAGUGGCAGACGGAAUAUAGUGCUGGAAAGUAUAUGAUAAUGCAGCUUGGUAAAAUGAAUAAUAGUGCGGAGUAUUACCGAAUUGGGGGAAAUGGUUCAUACAUUACAGGCACAGAAGGACUUAAGAGUCCUCGUGUAAGGUCCCAAGAAGGUUAAUUUAAAGUUUAGAUCUGUGGUAAAGAAGACAAAUUCAAUGUUGGCAUUCAUUACAAUGAAAAUAGAAUAUAAGAGCAAGGAGAUAACGCUGAGCCUUUAUAAGACACUAGUCAGACCGCACUUGGUGUAUUGUCAACAUUUUUUGGGCCCCGUACCUUUGUCAGCUUUGGGCCUUUAUUACUGGAAUUUAAAAUAAUGCGUGGGCAUCUUAUUGAAACCCCAGAAUGUUGAGAGAACUCGAUAGGGUGGACGUAGAGAGGAUGUUUUCUGUCUACAGGGUAUCCAGAACUAGAGGUCAGAGCCUCAAAAUUGAGGUGUGACUCUUUAGAAGAGAGGUAAGAAGGAAUUUCUUUAGCUAGAGAGUACUUAAUCUGUGGAAUGCUCUGCCACAGACUACGGUGGAGGCCAAGUCCGUGCGUAUAUUUAAGGCAGAAGUUGAUUGUUUCCUGACCGGUCAGGGUAUCAAAGGUAAUGACCAGAAGACAGGUGUAUGGGGUUAUCUGGGAUCUGGGAUCGGCCAUGAUGGAAUGGCGGAGCAGACUGAAUGGUCUGAAUAGCCUGAUUCUGCUACUAUGCCAUAUGGUCUUAUGGAGCAAUGAAGAACCUAUAACUUGGCCUCCACUGCCGUCUGUGACAAUGAACUCCCUCUGUCUAAAGAAACCCUCCACAUUCAUCAUCUUAAAGUGACGUCCAACAAGAACUGUGCUGCAAAAGCUCGACCGUAUGCGCUUUUGUGCCACCGUAAGCCGGCGUUGUUUUUGAGUGGAGGUUUUCAUUUAUACGUCUCGGCCAGGACCGAUUAUUCCAAAGUUCAAUUUUGAAAGCAUAUUUAUUAUCAAAGUAUUCAUACAUAGAACAUAGAAUAGUACAGCACAGUACAGGCCCUUCGACCCACAAUGUUGUGCCGACCCUCAAACCCUGCCUCCCAUAUAACACCCCACCUUAAUUUCCUCCAUAUACCUGUCUAGUAGUCUCUUAAAUUUCACUAGUGUAUCUGCCUCCACCACUGACUCAGGCAGUGCAUUCCGCGCACCAACCACUCUCUGAGUAAAAAUCCUUGCUCUAAUAUCCCCCUUGAACCUCCCACUCCUUAACUUAAAGCCAUGUCCUCCUGUAUUGAGCAGUAGUGCCCUGGGGAAGAGGCCCUGAUUAUCCACUCUAUCUAUUCCUGUUAUUAUCUUAUACACCUCUAUCAUGUCUCGUCUCAUCCUCCUUCUCUCCAAAGAAUAAAGCCCUAGCUUCCUUAAUCUCUGAUCACAAUGCAUACUUUCUAAACCUGGCAGCAUCCUGGUAAAUCUCCUUUGUACCCUUUCCAAUGCUUCCACAUCCUUCCUCUUGUGAGGCGACCACAACUGGACACAGUACUCCAAGUGUGGUCUAACCUACUAGAUACAUCCCAUGAAAUUCUUCUUACAGGCAGCCUCAAUACAAGGAAUCCCAAUGGAAGCCAUUAAAAAAGACCGUCAGAUACCCAAUGUGCAGAAAACAAUAAAAGUAAGCAAAUAACACUCAGAAAUGAAAUUCAGGAAAGUGAUUCCAAAACCACAAAGCCAGUUAUCAGUAUAGCCGAUCUAGGAACCUGUUAGUCGCAGGCUCAGUUCAGCGGAGAGACGAGGAAACCUCCCGAAGCAGCGGACUGAACAGUGGCCAGUUUUAUAAAUCCGGUCCCAGAACAGUGACCUUUUCAUUGUGGCCCAGAGUUUAAAUUUACCAUACCUCGGGCCUUUCCGCACUCUCGGACUCGGACCCUGCCGGUUCGAUAACUGCUCAGGCUCGGGCCCCGCCUCUUCGAAUCCACACGUAUCCGAUCUUUUCAGUCUGUUUCUGUGUUUCAACCGGAUAAAUAGCGUUUGGUUCCUCAGUCUCAGCCUAAGCUUCUUUGCAUCAUGCGCAAACUUUGCCGUAAAGCCGACAAUUCAUUGACAAUUAAUGUGAAAAACAGCUAUCCUAAUACUGACCCCUGAGGAACACCAAUAGUCACUAGCCAACCAGAAAAGGCGCCUUUUAUAUCCACUCUCUAUCUGCUACCUUACAGCCAUUCCUCUAUCCAUGCCAGUAUCUUGCCUGUAACGCCAUAGGAUUUUAUCUUGUUAAGUAGCCUCAUGUGUGGCACCUUAUCGAAUGCCUUCUGAAGAUCCAAGUAAAUGGCAUGCACUGCUUCUCCUUUGUCCACUCUGCUCGUUUCUUCCUUGAAGAAUUCUAACAGAUUUGUCAGGCAAGAAUUCCCUUCACAGAAAACAUGAUCUGGGAUAUUCUUAUCAUUAAUCUUCAAGCACUGCAAACCUCACCCUUAAUAAUAAACUUCCACAUUUUCCCAAACACUGAAGUGAGACGAACUGGCCUAUAAUUUCCAUUCUUUUGCUUUCCUCCCUUCAUGUGGCGUAACAUUUGUAAUCUUCCAGUUGUCAGGGACCAUGCCAGAAUCAAGUGAUUCUUGAAUUAUGCCGAUUAAUACUUCUGCUAUCUCUUCAGCAAACUCUCCAAGGACUCCGAGCUGUAGUCCGUCUGGUCCAGGCGACCUAUCUACCUUAAGACCUUUGAAUUUGCCUGACACGUUUUCUUUUGUAGUAACAAUGGCGUUCACCCUUUGCCCUGACACUCAUGGACCUCUGGCACACUGCUAGUGUCUUCUACAUUGAAGACAGAUGCUAAGUAUCAAUUAGGCUCCUCUGCCAUUUCUUGUUCCAAUAGGUAGAUUAAAUAGGUAAGUUUAAUGUCAGAGACAUGUAUACAAUAUACAUCCUGAAAUUCUGUUUCUUAUCAAAACAUCCACGAAAACAGAGGAGUGUCCCAAAGAAAUGGUCCAAAAUCAACCCUCAACUCCUUUUGCUCUUUAUAUAACGGAAAACACUUUCAAUAUCCAGCUUUAUAUCAUUAGGUGGAUUGCCCUCACAUUUAAUCUUUUUCCUUCUUAUAGCUUUUCAGUUGCCCUUUGUUGGAUUUUAAUAGCUUCCCAAUUAUCCAUCUUCCCACUCACUUUUUCCCUUUCGUUGGCUUUCAAGCAGUCCUGAACUUCGCUUGUCAGCGACGGUUACCUACCCCUGCCAUUUGAGAACAACUGCUUCUGUGCGACACAUCUAUCCUGCUGCCUAGUGAACUGUUCCAAGAAACGUCAACUAUCUGAGUUCUGUCAUCAUCCCCGUCAGUAUACUUCUGCAAUCCACCACAUGCCUCUGUAAUUCCCUUUAUUCUGUCGGCCAGAAGAAACUACAGUAUGCAACUGAUUUGAUAUGAUGAAUCAAGGACUGGGAAAACAGUCAAACUAGUUCCCUUUGACUCUGAACUGAUUCUUGCUCUCGGGUAAUCCAGUCAGAGCAUUUGAAUUUGAACUCAAGAAGCUUCAGGCAUUGACCUGCUAAAUCUGAGACCAUUCUCCGACGAGCAGCUACUUAUUAUGUAAAAUGCCAGACGUACCAAGGAAGCAAUCUGCAUUCUCGUUAUACUCUGUCUGGGUUGCCUCAUUUAACUGGUUUCGAUCGGUCAGAGUUGAAAAACACAAAUUCACAAGGCUAGGGUGCGCAGAACCCGAAAAAAUGUUGGUUGUGGCCCUGUUCAAUGGCCAGUAAGAAUGUGACCCAGGUAGGUCAGGUGACCUUGAACCAAUGGGAUGGAGGUCCACCAGUUCAAUUGAUGAGGAACACUAUACGAGUCAGGAGCUCCAAAUACGCAGCGGCGAUGGUUCUCCAGCCCCCAGAGAUAAAGAGGACCCCACGGACACGUGGAGACCAGAACCACGAGGAAGGCCUGGCCAUGGUAAUACCUUUUUGCUUCAUUGACUGUUCACGGAGCAUCAGUAGGGUGCACACAGGUGAUUAGUUUGUGAACCCACGUGCGUUUUAGUUGAAACGAUAAAAGUUACUCGUCGGUAAAUACAAGUAACUCACUGAUCAUCAUUACAAAGAGUGAUUCUUGUAUCAAUUUGAUUGCGAUACUGAUACAUGUGCCUCAUGCUUCUCCUUCUCAAGUUGCAGUAUGAAUUCAAGCAUAUUAUGAUCACUGUUUGCUAAGGCCUGCUUUACAUUAAUCUCCCCAGUAAGAUCUGGGUUAUUACACAACACGAAAUCGAAGAUAGCCUUUCCCCAGUAGGCUUAAGCACAAGCUGCUCCAAAAAGCCAUCUCGCAGGCUUUCAGCAAAUUCCCUCUCUUGCAAGCUAACACCAAAUUGAUUUUCUCAAUCCCCUUGCAUAAUGAAGUCCCCCAUUACAAUUGUGCCAUAAUGGUCUUUUUGCCCUUGCAGCUUCUUAACUCCACCCACAUAGAGUUAGCAUUUUCUGACCCUAUGUCCGCUCUUUAUUAAAGAUGUAAUUUCAUGCCUUACGAAUAGAGCCACUCCACUGCCCAUACCUUCCUGCCUUUCCGUCCGAUACAAAGUAUAUCCUUUAAUAUUAAUCUCCCAACUAUGGCCUUCAUGAGCCACGACUGAGUGAUGCUCACAACGUCAUACCGACCAAUCUCUAAUUGCGCCACGAGUUCGUCCACUUUAUUCAGAAUGCUACGUGCAUUUAAAUGCCACACCUUCAGUCCUAAAUUCUUUGUCCGUUUGAAUUUUGCAUCAGUGGUACAAUUUAACUAUUUGUUCUGUCUGCAUUUGUACCCAACCAUCGGCUUGUUCCUUAUUAGAUUGGAUUAUGAGGACACGCAGUCCUCUUUUACUGUCAUUUAGUAAUGCAUGCAUUAAGAAAUGAUACAAUGUUUCUCCAGAAUGAUAUCACCGAAUCACUUGGCAACCCGAUUGAAAAACUGACAAAAACAACAUAAUUAUAACAUAUAGUUACAACAGUGCAAAGCAAUACCGUAAUUUGAUAAAGAACAGACCAUGGGCACGGUAAAAAGUCUCAAUGUACCUUGCAUCAGUUAUCUACUUGUAAACCUGCUGGCUCAUUCUCAGCUCCGGUUUCCAGCAUCUGCAGGUUCUUUUGUGCCCCGUUUAACACUCUUUG